GCUCCCAUUUUAACUCCUUUCGAACUCUUUUCCUUUCCCUCCACCAUCGCACUUAGUCCCCUGCCUCUUUUCAUUUUCUUUCCCUGUGUUAAGCCAUCUCCUUCUCCAGGCUUGGAUCUGUUCUUCAAAUAGAUACUGCGAUUGUUAUUUCUUUUAAAGUUAGAUACUUGGAUAGUUAAUAAAUAUACAAAUGGAACAGCAGAGAAACCAGACGGUGGUUCAACUGCAGCAGCCAGAGGAGCUUGAGGAGAUACAACAUGGCCCGUUCCCUAUGGAGCAACUUCAGGAAUCCGGCAUUGCAUCCUUGGACAUAAAAAAGCUUAAGGAUGCAGGUCUUUGCACGGUUGAAUCUAUUGUUUACACGCCAAGGAAAGAUCUUCUCCAGAUCAAAGGAAUCAGUGAAGCUAAAGUUGACAAGAUCAUGGAAGCUGCUUCCAAAUUGGUCUCGUUGGGUUUCACCAGUGCUAGCCAGCUCCAUGCCCAGAGGCUGGAGAUAAUUCAGAUAACAUCUGGGUCUAGUGAACUAGAUAAAAUUUUGGAAGGUGGAAUUGAGACAGGAUCUAUUACUGACAUAUAUGGUGAGUUCCGUUCUGGAAAGACUCAGCUCUGUCACAUAUUAUGUGUCACAUGCCAACUUCCAUUAGAUCAAGGAGGCGGUGAGGGAAAAGCAAUGUACAUAGAUGCUGAAGGGACAUUCAGGUCACAAAGACUCUUUCAGAUAGGAGAGAGGUUUGGAUUGAAUAGUGCUGAUGUCUUGGAGAAUGUGGCCUAUGCUAGAGCAUAUAACACUGACCAUCAGUCGAGGCUCUUGGUUGAAGCAGCUUCAAUGUUCUCAAAACAUUUCCUUUGCCUGACACCGCGCACAUAGUCCCUAAUUUUCUACCAAGAAGAAUUAUCUCUUGUAUACUUGGAGCAAACAAGCUGCAGACCAGAUUGAUCAUUUGAUGGAUUUAUCUGUAGAUUUGCGCUUAUGAUAGUAGAUAGCGCUACUGCCCUCUAUAGAACAGAUUUUACUGGGAGGGGUGAGCUCUCUGCCCGACAAAUGCACCUUGCAAAAUUCCUCAGGAGCCUUCAGAAGUUGUCAGACGAGUGUCUGCUAUUGUAGUUUGGCGUGGCUGUUGUAAUCACAAACCAAGUAGUUUCCCAAGUGGAUGGUUCAGCAAUCUUUGCCGGACCUCAAAUCAAGCCUAUCGGUGGUAACAUCAUGACUCAUGCUUCCACAACAAGCUCUCACUGACUACAGAUUGGCUCUCCGGAAGGGAAGAGGGGAAGAGGGGAAGAGCGUAUUUGUAAAGUAAUAAGUUCGCCUUGCUUGGCUGAAGCCAAAGCACGGUUUCAAAUUUCUCCAGGUGGUGUUUCUGAUGUCAAGGACUAACCCAUUUUAGCUCAUUACAAAAGUAAAGCAAACUCCUAUUGAUCAAUAUGUUUUAAUAGCCAACUGCAUACCAAAUCUCUGUAAUUCUUAUCUGAAAUGAAGAUUGUUGGAAUUUGGAAGGCGUUAUAAAAUCUUGCUGUCCAUUUCGUUGUGUAUAGCCUUGACAUCUGUUAUAUUAUGUUUAUUAUAC